AUGCCUUCAAUGUUUAUAUUGUCAUCUACAAAUUCAAUAACGUAUUCAUCUUCGACGAUCUACAUCUACACGUGUAUGAAGCUUACACAAAUAACUACAAACUCAUACAGUUAUAAGUUACAACAAGUUCAACAACCGAACGCUGGAUACGAGCGGCUAUGGUUCUCAGCUGAUAGUGCAAUAUGUGAUACGUCAGUUAGUAUACCGACCAUAGAGUUCCACGUUCUUGUGAAACAAGGAAUGGCCGACUCUGCUGCAAUCACUUUCCCAGACAAAUUGUUAUUCUCCGCGGACUAUAAAUACAUGACAAGUACGGGGGCAGAGGAUUGUGAUACCACCUCGGAUACUAUGGACAUGUGCACGGAUAAAACGGCGCUGUCAUUCAAUAACUAUACAAACUGCAAACAAGAAAUUGCCUACUCUGCUGAUUUCCUGUCAAACGUAAUUAGUAAUUAG